AUGGGUUACAAAUUCUUAAAACUUGCUACUUCUUCUGUAAAGGGAGGAAGUUUAAGGAUUGCAACAAGACAAUAUGCUACAACACAUGACGCUGAUAUUGUAGUAAUUGGCUCGGGCCCUGGCGGUUAUGUAGCUGCUAUUAAAGCGGCCCAACUGGGUAUGAAGACAAUCUCUGUCGAAAAAGAUCCAACAUUAGGAGGAACAUGUUUGAAUGUUGGUUGUAUCCCAUCUAAAGCACUCUUGCAUAACUCUCACCUGUACCACAUGGCAAAACAUGACUUCAAGAACCGAGGUAUUGAAGUGGGAAAUAUCUCUUACAAUUUUGAAACCAUGAUGAAAUAUAAAGUUAAUGCUGUUAAGGCCCUGACUGGUGGAAUUGCUAUGCUCUUCCAAAAGAACAAGGUUCAACUUGUUAGAGGUGUGGGAACAAUUGUUGCACCAAAUAAAGUUGAGGUAAAAGGAGAAAAAGGUGUUGAGACAAUUAAUACAAAGAACAUUCUAAUUGCUACUGGUUCAGAAGUCACACCUUUUCCAGGGGUUACUUUUGAUGAGCAGCAAAUCAUAACAUCAACUGGUGCACUCUCACUUUCAUCUGUGCCUAAGAAAAUGUUAGUAAUUGGUGCUGGAGUUAUUGGUUUAGAACUGGGCUCUGUUUAUCAAAGACUUGGUGCUGAUGUUACUGCCAUAGAAUUUCUUGAAAGUAUUGGAGGUGUGGGUAUUGAUGGUGAAGUAUCUAAAACUCUACAAAAAAUACUUGCUAAAGAAGGCAUGAAGUUUAAGCUUGGUACAAAAGUAACAUCAGUGAGAAAAGAAGGCAAUGUGGUGAAGGUUGAUGUAGAAGCUGCAAAGGGUGGCAAUAAGGAAACGCUGGAAUGUGAUGUUGUGCUUAUCUCAAUUGGACGUCGCCCUUACACAAGAGACCUCGGCUUGGAGAAGGUGGGCAUCGCCUUGGACGACCGCGGUCGCGUUCCUGUCAAUAAUAAAUUCCAGACAACAGUUCCUGGAAUUUAUGCCAUUGGGGAUUGUAUCCAUGGCCCUAUGUUAGCGCACAAAGCCGAGGAUGAAGGUAUUGUUUGUGUUGAAGGUAUUAAGGGUAUGCCUGUACACUUCAACUAUGAUGCCAUUCCAUCUGUAAUUUACACAACUCCUGAAGUAGGCUGGGUCGGCAAAUCUGAGGAAGAUCUUAAGAAGGAGGGUAGGCCAUACAAAGUAGGAAAAUUCCCAUUCCUGGCCAAUUCUCGUGCAAAGACAAAUGGAGAACCUGAAGGAUUUGUUAAAGUGCUUGCCGAUAAGGCUACAGAUGUUAUCCUCGGUACACAUAUUAUUGGUCCUGGUGGAGGUGAAUUGAUCAACGAGGCUGUGUUGGCGCAAGAAUACGGCGCUGCGGCAGAAGAUAUCGCAAGAGUAUGCCAUGCUCACCCUACAUGUGCCGAGGCCCUUCGUGAGGCGAAUUUAGCUGCAUAUUUCGGAAAACCAAUCAAUUUCUAA